GCGCAUGCGCGGUGCCAUCACAUUUGUGUUCCGGGGUCGGUUGGCCAGUAUACACAGUGUAAAAUAAAUCAUCAUUGUGUAUCCUUUUUCUUUUUCAACUCACUUAGUUAUUGCACGGACCACUAAGAGGGGAGUUUGAGGGGUUUUUUUUCAGAGGGAGAGACGCUUUGAAUACGGGACCGAGAGGACGUCUGUAAAGAUGAACUUCUUCAGAGGAGUGAUGGGUGGGCAGGCAGCCGGGCCGCAGCCGUCAGGAGCGGAGACGAUCCAGAAGUUGUGUGACCGUGUUGCCUCCUCGACGCUCCUAGAAGACCGCAGAGAUGCUGUCCGUGCACUUAAGUCGCUCUCUAAGAAAUACCGCAUGGAAGUUGGCACACAGGCGAUGGAUCACUUGAUUAACAUACUGCAAACUGACAGGUCUGACUCGGAAAUCCUCGGCUAUGCUUUGGACACACUGUACAACAUCAUCUGUAAUGAUGAGGAGGAAGAGCAAGAUGAAUCAGAAGAUGCAGUAACCCCUAUCUCUGUCUCAGGGAAGCAUAAGAAUGUUUCCAUGCCUGAUGAGAACGCCCAGAAGCAGGCAGAUGACCUGGGAGUCCAGUUCACAGACAAGUUCAUUCAGGACCCUGAGCAUGUGACUCUGCUGCUCACUCUGUUGGAGGAGUUUGACUUCCAUGUACGUUGGCCUGGAGUGAAGCUGUUGACUGCAAUCCUGAAGAACCAGGGUGUCCAAGUCCAGGGGAUCAUUCUGGUCAGCCCCAUGGGUGUUUCCAGAUUGAUGGAUCUUUUGGCAGACUCUAGAGAAGUCAUUCGCAAUGAUGGCUUACUGUUGCUCCAACAGCUGACCAAAAGCAACGCUGCCAUUCAGAAAAUUGUGGCGUUUGAAAACGCAUUUGAGCGCCUUCUUGAUAUCAUCACAGAAGAGGGCAGCAGUGAUGGAGGUAUUGUGGUGGAGGACUGUUUGCUGCUGCUGCUUAACCUGCUGAAGAACAACAGCUCCAAUCAGAACUUCUUCAAGGAGGGCUCCUACAUCCAGAGAAUGAAGCCCUGGUUUGAGGUUGGAGAUGAUAACUCCGGCUGGUCUGCACAGAAGGUCACCAACCUCCACCUCAUGCUGCAGUUGGUCCGAGUCAUGGUGUCUCCAGUGAACUCACCUGGAGCCACAGCCAGCUGUCAGAAGUCCAUGUACCAGUGUGGUCUGCUGCAGCAGCUGUGUACCAUCCUCAUGGCCACUGGUGUGCCUGCUGACAUCCUCACUGAGACCAUCAACACUGUAUCAGAGGUCAUCAGAGGCUCACAGGUCAACCAGGACUACUUUGCCUCUGUCAACGCUCCUUCAAACCCACCGAGACCAGCCAUCGUGGUGCUGCUCAUGUCCAUGGUUAAUGAGAGACAACCGUUUGUGCUCCGCUGUGCAGUCCUCUACUGUUUCCAGUGUUUCCUAUACAAAAAUCAGAAAGGCCAGGGAGAGAUUGUCGCAACGCUGCUGCCCUCCACCAUCGAUGCAAAUUCCAUUUCAGCGGGCCAGCUGCUGUGUGGGGGCCUCUUCUCAGCAGACUCUCUGUCCAACUGGUGUGCCGCUGUGGCCCUGGCUCAUGCCCUGCAGGACAACCUCACCCAGAAGGAGCAGCUGCUGAGGGUUCAACUGGCCACCAGCUUGGGGAAGCCCCCUGUGUCCCUGCUGCAGCAGUGCACCAACAUCCUCUCCCAGGGAGAUAAGAUCGUCCGGCGGGGCAGUAAAGUGCAGACCAGGGUAGGCCUCCUCAUGCUGCUGUGCACGUGGAUCAGCAACUGUCCGAUAGCUGUCACACACUUUCUACACAAUCAGGAAAAUGUUCCUUUCCUGACAGCUCAGAUCUCAGAGAACUUGGGAGAGGAUGAGCGGCUGGUGCAGGGCCUGUGUGCGCUGCUUCUCGGCAUCUGCAUCUAUUACAAUGACAACUCGCUGGAAAACUACACCAAAGAGAAGCUCAAGCAGCUCAUUGAGAAGCGGAUCGGAAAGGAGAAUUUUGUAGAGAAACUGGGCUUCAUCACUAAACAUGAGCUGUACUCGAGGGCGGCUCAGAAGCCACAGCCCGUCUUCCCGUCUCCUGAGCAGAUGCUGUUUGACCACGAGUUCACCAAACUGGUCAAAGAACUGGAGGGUAUGAUCACCAAAGCAGUUCACAAAUCCAGUGAGGAGGAGAAGAAGGAAGAGGAAGUGAAGAAGACUUUAGAGCAACAUGACAACAUUGUAACUCAGUAUAAAGAGCUGAUCAGAGAACAGGAUGCUCAGAUCCAGGAGCUAAAAGAGCAAGUAUCUUCCAUGGCAUCUCAAGCCGAACAGAUGCAGACUACGAUCACCCAGCAGGUGUCCCAGAUCCAGCAGCACAAAGAUCAGUACAACAUCCUCAAGCUAAAACUAGGUAAGGACAACCAGAGUCAGGGAGACGGCUCCCACAUGAACGGUCUGCAGACGGAGGAGCUCACACAGCUCAGAGAGGAGAUGGAGGAGCUCCGCAAGGAGCACACACUCCUUCAGUCACAGCUCAGUGACAAAGACGCGCUCAUCAACACACUGAGGUCGGAGAUGUCACAGACGGCAGAGGGUUCAGCAGCAGGAUCAGACAACACAGAACUGCUUAAGGAGCUGGAGGCUCUGAGGAGUCAGGUCCAGUCACAGUCUGCAGAAAUCAACCAGAUGAAGACAGAGAGACAAGAGCUGCUGAGAAGAGCUGAAGCUGGGUCCUCGGACGCAGCUCCCAGUAAUGACGGCUCAUUAGACGCUGCCAAGAUGGCAGAACUAGAGAGCAGACUUGCAGCGCUGACGACUGACACAGAGAGACUCAAGGGCGAGGCAAAGAGCUCGUCAGAGAGCCGGGCGGAGCUGGAGCAGCAGCUGGCUUCAGUCAGCAGCACGGUGGCCAUCCUGCAGACAGAGAAAGCGAAGCUGCAAACGGAGGUGCAGGAGUCCAAGAAAGAACAGGAUGACCUGCUGAUGCUGCUGGCAGACCAGGACCAGAAGAUCCACAGCCUCAAACAGAGACUCAAAGACCUCGGAGAGACGGUGGACGAUGAAGACGACCUCGACGCCAGGGACCAGACGGACGACGACGAGGAGGAGGAGGAAGACGAUGAUGAGGACUAGAAGAAAUAAAAACACUGAAAGGAUAAAAGAGAGGGGUGGGGAAUUUACAAAAGAAAAGACUUUUCAGAAAAAAACACAUGUGAGAAACUGAAGCAUAGGACUAAUAUAUUGAUGCAGUUUCUCUCCAGCUGCCAUGCUGUCUUCACUUUUCUUUACCCCCUCUGUCACAUCACAUGUUAGUUAUUUGGACAUUUACGUGUUCAAGGUGUGGUUCAUCGGUUUUCAGUGACAGCUACAAAGACGUCAGUGCGUUCAUCUCCGCCGCGUUCACCACCAGUCUGCGAUGACUUUUUUUUACCAGUCUUGUGUUUAUUGUAACGUAUCGUCACGUAGUGUUCAUUUUGACACACAAGUCAUCUGGGAAAUCUUAGAGGGGAGGAUUUAAAAUGUAGCAAAAAAAUGCGACUAAACAGAAUUGAUAUUACUCUCAUUUUUUUUAUCAUAAACAUGCUGGUGAGCUCUUCAGGCUUUUCUCCCCUCCAUCCUACUCCCACCAGAUGCACCCACAACAUUAGCACCGCCUGCAACAUGUCACUGUGCCUGCGUGCCCCGAGUUCACCGUCACACCCCGAUCAGUUCAGUUCAGUGUAUGUUCAGUAUUCAAAAACACUCAGAGUUGUUUUCAUUUCACUUUGACAACUAACCGCUCUACAAUAUGCUGCAAAAACACUGACAGAAAAGAUGUAGAGACAAAAAAGAUAUUUUUGCAACUUUUUGUCCAGUUCUGGCAUCAAGCUUCUGUAUGAUAUUGUGUAACUUAUCAAUUUAUGAGCCACAUUGAAAUGAAUAAAGAAUCUAUCAGUCUGUAUGCCUGUAUGGAGGGAUAAUUGUAGAUAAAUUAAAUUUUACUAAAUCCA